CUCUCUCUCUCUCUUUUUCUCUCUCCUAUAUAUCUAUUCUAGCAUAUAUAAGAAAUGGGUUAUUUUGACUGCUAUAUAAAUCAAUAUUACAACAACAACAGUGAUACAUCUAAUAAAGUACAUCAUGUUAAUAUGGCAUACGCUAUUAAGCCAUUAAACUUACAAGGUGGACAAUGUACUUGGUGUGGUAAAUACGGUCAUAAAAGAAUAUCAUGUCCAUUACUAAAAUAAGUCUUGACAUAUUUAUAUCAUAUACUAUGUAUUAACAAAGAAGCUUCCUUUAUGUUUAUGUUUUAUGCUUUAUUUUUUGUAUACUUUCUCCCUCUUAUUCUUUCUUUAACAAAAAGUUAUAAAUACAUAUAUAUUUUUUU